CAUAGCUAUAGGCCGCCUUUUUACGUUGGAUCGGGUUUAUGAGCGAUAGUCUACGGAGUACUACUGAGUGAUACCCAAAUGUUUGACCAAUCAAGGCCACCUAGGUCAUGCACCUGAUCCCGGACUCACCUUUUCCGAUCAAUCCUUCCCACUGCGGGCCCUAUCGCGCCAAAAUCAAAAUCAUUGAAACCACCGAUGUCAUCAUCUGCGGAUGUGGCUUGACCGAACCAGCAAUCACCACCGAUCCCCGCGGGAUAGCACUGGACGAUGAUGGUAUUCGCUUUCUGCAAGGGCUGGGACUUUACGACAACAUAUAUACGAAGACAUGUAUGGGGAAUUUCGGUUUUGUCAGCGGAGCUGACUGCGACAUGCAUAAGAAGCCAAUUCUUGCCUUGGACUACAACACAACUGCUGGUGUCACUGGUCAUGCUGGGUUCAUCGGUCACAAACAGCCAGUACUUGAAAUUCAGAUGAGGGAGGUCAUGCACCCCUCCUUCUGCUCGCUACAAUGCAAUUCAACCGUCAUCAGCUUAAAUGAAGACAAGAAGUGGACAGUAGUACUGUUCUUCGUCGGUGCGGACGGAAAGACCGGCUACACCCAAAAGCAUUACUUGGAGGCAAAAAGCGUCAUAUUGGAGAAGUUCCACGAUGCUUUCUACGAGGAAACCUGGGUGGCAUUGAAUUGGCAAAUCACGGUUCCAACACCACAGUCCCAUCCAAAUUUUCCUUUAUGGCAUUUAGGAUACACGCCUGAGCAAGUGUAUGACCAGUUCUUUCCUCCCGAGUUUCGUUUUCUAUGCAAUCCGGAUCGGCCAGCAGUCUGUGGGCGCUUUGGCCUACCCGCCGAUCAGCUGUGGAGGUUCGAGUAUAUCAUUCGAAGUGGAGAAGAUGGAUUUGAAAUGGCCAAGCCUGAGGUCAUGCGACGGAUUGUUUUUCCCUAUCUCACGCAUAGUGGAAGUCGGUACAAGCUCUCUCAACCCGUGCAGUUCCCGGAAGAUUGCAUUGAAGUGCCACGCUGUCGUCCAUUUUCAUUUUCAUCGCGCACAUGCAACAUGUGGUCCAAGGAUCGAGUAAUUCUGUGCGGCGAUGCGGCUCAUGUUUUCCCUCCAUCGUCCGGCUUCCGAGAUGCAAUCUCACUAUCCUGGCGUCUAGCCACACUUUGUCGCUACCAGCCCACCCAGAAAAGCCAUCAUCAAAUUCUGAAAGCAUGGCACCAAGAACGUAAACAGCAGCUAGAGCUAUCUUUAGCGACAACAGUGGAAAAUGGACGCAUGGUUUGCGAGACGCACCCUAUAAAUAUCUUCGUACGUGACUGGUACCUCCGGUUUAUCCAGCUCAUUCCAAGCUGGAGACGCCAACUACAACACGGUCAACGAAAGACUUCCCUUGUCCAAUACAGAUACUCUGCUGGGAUGCCCUUCAUGCCCGAUCUCAACGGCGGUCUCUAUCUCCCUCAGGUAUACUGUCGCACAAUGGAAAGGAAAAAGAUCAAGUCCCUUUUCCGAUUAUUUGUAUACCUGGAAAGUAGCUCUGAGCUGAUCCCAGUGACAGAAGCACUUGAAAGAAUCGAUGAAUGGUCUCGCAGGGAGUUCCAUUCAAACGACAUCCCCAUCAUCCUGGAAACUAUUGAGAUGAAAGAUCAAUCAAAAACUAGAAGCGUCUUCCAGAUCGCGAGCGCAGAAGAAUUUGCUGGCUCUCCGCUGUGUGAUUCCCGACCGAAACCAUUGGACUACGAUCCACAUCUCCUACGGGACAAGGUCCAGGGAAGAUACAUCAUUGUCCGACCAGAUCGGUUUAUCUUUGCCUCCUGUCAGGAUACUAUAUCGUAA